AUGCAUAAUACAUUGCUUUUGUCCGCUUUUAUUGUAUUUUUAUCGUGUGUACACAGUGGUUUACAAGCCAGCGCCUGUAAGGACGUGAAAUACACAACGAUCGAUGAUCCCAGACGCAGUACAGCUUACACUAAAACCACGAAUCUUUGUGAUAUAGGCUUAAUACGUGAUAAUGUGUGGUAUCGGUUUUCCAGCGAGGCUGGUGGAGAAAUGCCGACGACAACGCCAAAUACGGACAGAUGUGGGACUGCUAGUCCUAUUUGGUUGCGAGGCCCUCAUCCCUCGGUUGAAGAAGGGGUUGUGAAUCGGACUGCUUGUACUAAUGUAGGAUAUGACAAUUGCCUUUCCAAAUAUUCGUAUGCCAUAAAAGUCCGAAAUUGCAGUGGUUUUUAUAUUUAUCAGCUAAAAGAGCCUAAGGAUUGCCGUUCUGUGUAUUGCGCGGGUACGUUUCUGUUUUUGUGAGGGGCAUUCAUAUUAAUAUCGCCUCAGCUAUAGUAUUUACCCUAUCCCCGCAUUUGAGCGCAUGCGCCUAUAUAGAGAAUAAUACAUGGUGCGCGGAAAUACCAGAAUUAUUUCGAGUGGUGUUGAACAUGAUAUCUAUUUUAGAGCAGCGAACGAGUGAGAUAUCAUGUUCAACACGAGAAAUAUUGUGAUUGGUGGUAUAUACAUUUUGAGUAGAACCCAUACUAAAUGAGAUUAGGAACAGGUUUUUUGGGUGUUUUUUUUUUGGGGGGGGGGGGGCUAAUUUUCAGCUAAGUUGGGGGCUGACGACAGGAAAAACAUGAACAAACUGUGACAGCGGUAGCAUAGAAAGAUAUUUAAAAUUGGGAGGGCUGAAACCUAAUGGGGUCUGGGGGGAAAUUGCUGCUCCCCUGGAAUAAUUGAGGCUUGAAAAUGCCAUUACCUUCACCCCCUAUCCCCCCCCCCCCCGUUUUGCCGUCCCUAUGCGAUGCUUCUCUGUGAAGAAAUUAAAUUACUUUUUUCAUGCAUGACUGGUAUAGAAGUUUACUUUUGUUUUCAGGUUCAAAACUACCAAACUGUACCAAUGCUCAUCCAGAAGACUACUGCCUUGGUGGGUUAGCUAUAUUAUCAAUAACCAAUAAUCAUUAUAGUAGCUAUUGCAUUUCUUGCGGGACACCCUGUGAUGCACUCAACUGGAAUAUCCAAUCCAGAUUUGUGAUGAGGUGUAAGGGACAAUGUAGACAAUAUAUUCAGGGAUUGAAAUUUGAAAUCUUCAGCACUAUGUUAGUCCACGUUUAUUCAUAAAUCUGGUCCUUCACCGUCACAUGUGUAUUGUAUUUUUGCCAAAUCCACCAGUUUCAAUUUACCCUAUUGUUCUAGUCAUGGAUAGGUAACUUUCCUAAAACAUUGCUAUUGGUUAGUUGGGCAAAAAUACAAUACACACGUGAUGGUGAAGGACCAGAUUUAUGAACAAACGUUGACCAACAUACAGUGUGUCUAAAAAAAAGUGAACCCUUUCAAAUUCGAAUUAGCUAUAACGUACUGUAGUAAUUUGACAGCUCUAAUUGCUUUAAAUUAAUGGUUGGGUAAGAACACAAGGUCUUGUACUCAUGGGACAAAACUCAAAGAAAUGAAAAUUAGAAAAUUUAAAAGAAAUUCAGUAUUCCUUGUGUUCUUACCCAAUCAUUGUUCAAAGCAAUUAGAGCUGUCAAAUUACUACAACACGUUAUAGGUAAUUUGAAUUUGAAAGGGUUCACUUUUUUUUUAGACACACUGUACUGUAAAUAAUGAGUUAUAUUGUUAUUCUAAUGAGUUUCACAGCCAUCUUCCCUUCGACAGGCCAUAGCCGUUUAUUCAUAAAUGUGGUUCUUUCACCGUCACGUGUGUAUUUGUGUAUUGUAUUUUUACCAAAUCCACCAAUAGCAAUUUCCAGCUUCCGUAUUGUUCGAGUCACGGAUAGGUGACUUUCCUGAAACAUUCCUAUUGGUUAGUUGGGAAAAAAUACAAUACACACGUGACGGUGAAAGAACCACAUUUAUGAAUAAACGUUGACCAACAUAGAUAAAUGAGUUAUAUUGUUAUUCUAAUGAGUUUCACAGCCAUCUUCUCUUCGAUAGGCUAUGGAUAGGCUAUACUGUCAUAAAUGUUUCGUAUACUGUACAACAGAAAAAUACACUAUAAUUGUGGAGGACAGAAACUUGUUUAGUGAUUUUGUACUGAGCUUGUGAUGUCCACUACCCAAACUUAAAAUCUGGUAUCCCUUGGGUAUCAGGAUACUGCAAAUUUCAAGCCCUGUAUAUUUUUGUUUUUUCUUCUUUAGAAAAUCGCCCUCCAUACAUCACGAUGCCGAAGCGACUCUAUGCAUUCGAAAAUGGUGAAUUUAAGUGGGUCUUUAAUGCGACAGAUCCUGAAGGAUAUCCGUUGGAGUAUGGUUAUCACCCAAACACAACCAUCAACAAUGUUUCAAUCAGUGAGGGAAAUGAUGGAACACAUAAUAUAAUAAUUUCUCGAACGAAGUCUGGUAUGAUUGUCUUAAGAGUAAAAGAUGGGGCAGAUAAAACAAUCACGAGUACCCAUAUAAUAGAAAUUGUUGCUGUUCCUUGUUCUUGUCAAAAUGGAGGUAAUUAUUAGUGCCACAAGCUUAUAAAAAUCACAGUACCAUUCCCUUGAGUUAAGCUUUCCUAUCGACGUUUGAGGCUAGGGUAUUGUUACUUGAUUGGUAACGCAUUCUGACAAGUUGAGUUGUGUUUGGGUACACACGUAAAAACCGACAAAUUGUAACAAACCUGCAGUGGACUUGUAGCAAUGCUGUUCCAACAACUUGUUACUGACAAGAUGUGCUCGCAUUGCUUGUUCCCAGCUUGUUGUCAAACUGUCAACGGCUUGUUGACAACUCGCUACAAGGUUGUUGAGCUAACAGACUUGUUACAAGUUGUUCCAACAACUUGUUAUCGUCCUGCAAUUCAACAGUUUGUCAACAAGUUGUGAGUGACAACCUUGUAGCAACUUGAUAAAAUUGUUACAACUUGUCGGCAAGCUUGCUACAAGCCUGUUGCAGACACAGCUUGUUGACAAGUUGUGACACUUUUUACGCGUGUACUGUGAACUUAGUCUAAAUUGUUUUUACUUCCAAGGCCAAUGUAUAUCACCCCUCAGCGAAGGAAGAAACAGAACGGGCAGUCAAGGUAUAACAAUAAUAUGUCUUUAUCUGGUUAUUGAAGCCUUUUCCAAGUAUUCUCUUCAAUGACGUGUCAAAAUCAAACUAUUCCACCAUAGGCAUAGCUCAGAAAGAUCAGAAUUAAGACAUCUGAUGUAUCCAAUAUUGUCUUUCAUUAAGGUACGCAGAAAACCAACAUAACUGUAUCAACGAAACGCGACGACCUCUCAAACUACUCAUGCAGCUGUAUUAAACCCUACACAGGGCGGUUUUGUAAAAAAAGUCCAUGUCAUAACUUCCCAUGUUUUCCCGGUGUGAAAUGUAUGGUCACAGCUGAUGAUGAGUACAAUUGCGAGAAUUGUCCGUCGAGGUUUGAAGGAGAUGGAAAGAAAUGCAAGAUUCUCACUAGCGAAGGUAAGGUAUCACAGAAGAUAUGAUAAAUGCAAAUGAAAAAUGGACACAGUUUUAUCUUUAUGCCAGUUUAUAUGGGAAGCACAAGGGCCAGUUUCGUAACGCCAGUUUCACAACGCGCUACCCCUUCCCGCUCGGUCCAGGAUAGAGAAUUUACUUCUGUUGGGUAAAUGACACACGCAAGAUCUCACAUCUUGUAGCAAGUCUGCCAACAAGCCGUCAACAAGUUGUGUUCGCACUGCUUGUCCCAAGUUGUCAAAAGUUUGAAACAAGUUGUUAACAUUUUGUAACGACCUUGAUAUUAUCAGACUUGUUGCAAGAUUGCUCCAACAAGUCCGAUACAGUCAUGAUAUAACAAUAUUGUUACAACCUUGUGUCGUCAACCUUGUAACAUUCUUGUUAUAUCAUGACUGUAUAAGACUCGUUAGAACAACCUUGUAACAAGUCUGAUAAUGCCAUCAAGCCUAUUCCAAACUGUUAACAAAGUUGUCAACGGCUUGAUGACAACUUGCUACAAGGUUGUUGUGCUCAACAGAUUUGUUACAAGUUAUUCCAACAACUUGUUAUAUAUCGUCCUGCGAUUCAACAAUUUGCCAACAAGUUGCGAGUGACAACCUUGUAGCGACUUGAUAAAAUAACAGCAUUGUUACAACUUGUUGACAAGCUUGCUACAAGCCUGUUGCGAACACAUCUUGUUGACAAGUUGUGAAACUUUUACGUGUGUACUUGGAAACUCAUGUUGGUAGAAUGUGCAUGCUCUCACAGAAGCCAACCUUGAUAUUUUUAACUAUAUUUUUCAGACACAGUGAUAGUCAAGGGAGAGUUUACUAUCGUUUCUGGAUUGAUAUGGCAAGCUAAUCUUUCGAACACAACUUCCCUUUUUUACAAACAGGAAACGGCUCAAAUUGUAACUAAGGUAUUUCGUCGUAAUUUAUAUUGCUCCGUUCAAUUUUGACUAGCAAGACAAACCGAAUGCCGUUCAUCUUUAGAUAAUGGAAAUCUAUAGAGAUACAAAGGAAUUUGUGCACGUUGUUAUUACUGGUUACAGGUAGGCCUCUUUGAACUAAAUAUAUUUGUAAAAUAAUUACAGUCGAUUAGUCGCACACCUAUUAAUGGACACCCCUCUUAACGCGGCGCGAUACAGUUUUAAAAAACCCAGAAUUAUUACUGUACUUAUUGUCAUUGAAAAACAAAAUUCAAAAAGUAUCUUAUUGAUGUAAAACAACACCUAAACGUUGCUUUACAUCAGUAAGAUACUUUUUGUUUUUCAACAAGUAAUAAUUCUCCAAAAAUACGGAUCUAAAUCGUGAAUUUUCCAUUCUUAAAAAACUUUAUCGAGCCACCGCUUUCUGAAAAAAGGUAUCAAUUUCCCGUGCGUAAUACAAAAUGACUGAAAAAUGGCAAACUUCGCAGGGCUAUAUUAUCCGCAUUUUACAACAUUUCGCAACGAAACUUCGGAAUACUACUAAUUUUGUGAUGCUCUUUCAAGCUGUGAUAAAAUGUUUGUCUAGAUCAAAAUUUUGUUCAUUAGGUAAUAGGUCCAUUUCUUUUGGGGAGCUUCGCUCGCCCCAAUUUUACUUUCUUUCCCUGGGGGACCUCGUCCAGAAAACUUCUAUAUUUUUGAUGCUCAAUGACAGCAUUUCUGGCAUUUACUGGAGCAUCCACAAGGAAAACAAGCAAAUGAGAAAACUGUACACAAUGGGUUUAGAACUGCACAUUUUGUGAAGAACUGCACGUUAAUUAAAAUUAAUACUUUAUAUAGAAAUAAUUUCAGCAAAGCCAAAGGAAGUGUGGUCGUAGACUUUAAAAUUGUUUUUAAAAAGAAAUUAAAUUAUCCUCUGAAGCUAUUGAAAACGCAUUUGGCAGGAAACAAUGGGAGCUUGGGAAGUUUUAAAGUGUAUCCUCACAGCGUAAAAGAAAAAAGUUAGUAAAUCUUCAUUAUUUAUUUUUACUGUCGUUCCAAUUGAAGUGUUGCUCAAAUAUUGAUUCAAUACAUUACCUCGCGCUGACCAAUUCAUUUGAUCAAGUUCCUCGAGAUAUUCAUACACUUCCUAGUAUAAUUGUAAACUUCCUGUUGAAUAGUUUGAAUGCACCAAUCACCUUUGUUUAGAAAGGAAGUGACCAGAAAUGAUCAAAUACUUGGAAUUGGCUCUUUCACAGGAAGUGUAUGAAUAUCUCGAGGAACUUGAUGAAAUGAAUUGGUCAACCUGAGGUAAUGUAUUGAAUCAAUAUUUGAGGAACACUUCAAUUGGAACGACAGUAAUGAAUGGAUUUAUACUGGACAGCUCAUCGUUUUAUACUGGACAGCUCAUGGUUCAUUGGUACUACAGGGAGAAACCGAAUGUUAGCAAACUUCGAGUUCUGUUUGAAUCAUUCUCCCUAAAGGCAGCUGGCAUAGGAAAAGAUAUUUUACCUUCUCAGGGACUGCAAGAAAACAUUGAAAAUGUUCUGCAAAUAACCAAGUAAAUCGACACUUGGACACUAACGCCUGAAUUCUAAAAGCUCGCUCACACUCACACUCAAUGAGUGGAGGUUCAAUCUGAACUUUUCUUCAGUGUCAAUGCUGUUUUUAAAUAGCUGGAGGGGGAGUAGUCACAUAGUAAGGUACGACACUAACCCCCCAGCUAUUCAAAAAACAACAUUAAUUGACACUCAAGAAAAGCUCAGGUGGAACCUCCACCCAUUGAGUGUGAGUGAGCUUUUAGAAUAUGGGCGUAACUGUUGCAUGGCCUUUUUUGACUAUACAACUGGGAGGGGCAAAGCCCCCCCCCCAGUCAAAAUUCGUUUUCUCUAAAAUAUAAGAGAAACUAUAUUGGGCUAGUAUUCCAAAGGUCGUAGGUUUGAUUCCCACCGUGGCCGGGUAUAUUUUUCAAGCUCGCCCGAUGUGGAUAUACACUCAGAGUAACAUCACAAACAUUAUAUUCACCUGAGUACACAACACCAACACAGAAAAAAAUCAUAUCACUAGAUUACAUUGGUAUCGAAGGAACUAGAUUCUGUUCCGAAAUAUCACUUACUCGAACCGACCUGACCGCGUCGUUCAGUUGCCAGAGCAUUGGGCUAGUAUUCCAAAGGUCGUAGGUUCGAUCCCCACCGUGGCCGGGCAUAUUUUUCAAGCUCGCCCGGUGUGGAUAUGCACUCAGAGUAACAUCACAAACAUCAUAUAUUCACCUGAGUACACUACUCCAACACAGAAAAAAAUCAUAUAAGCAAAACAUUGGACGAAAAAUGUAAUUUAGAAGGGAGGUUUGACGUUCUGGUAACUGAACCCUGCUUCGUGAAUCUUAUGUCAUGUAUUUUAUUAUGUAUUAUGUCUUUUUAAAAAUGCUAAACAUUGGGUUGUAAAUACCUUAGAUUUUAAAAAUGUUCCUGCAGUGGAUAGCAUAUCCCAGACCCUGUUCACUUGGAAAUUUUUAAAAUCUAAGGUAUUUACAACACAAUGUCACAAUGUUUAACAUUUUUAAAAAGAUAUUGAAUCAUUUGAAGUUACUAGAAUAUCAAACUCCCUUCUGGAGGGCUUUGCCCGCUGUCUCAGAGCCAGAGGCGAAAUGCAUAGACGCUCUGCCAUUUUUAGAAAUGUUUAUCUCAGAAUGUUUCAUUUUCUUUUUGUUAGAAACAUCAGAUUCCGACGGCAAGGACGACAAUUCAUAUUUUGGACUUCACAAGUCCGUUUUUAUCGUGGUCAUGUGUCUGGUCUCACUCUUAGCACUGACAGCCAUUGUCGUGUGUGCAAUUUGCAUAAAAAAGAAAAAUAUUAAUAUUAUUAUAUUAUGUACGAAUUUUUACAAUCGUGAAAUUGUUCCUUCAAGCAGCAAUGCCAAUGGCACGACUCGUCCUCCAAAGAAGAAUAACCAAGUGAUGGAUCUUCACAGCGUGGCGACGUAG